CAGUAUCAUAAUCUCGUGUCAGGUCUCACUCAAGCGCUAGACUUCACACGCCCACCUUCCGGCAAUCUCACACCAACUCUCACCCGAAAAGCAUCCAUGCUCGCGGUACAGCGUCCCAGAAUGGGGUCGUCAAAGCCAUCCCAGGGCGCUGGGAUGCCGUUUGGAUAUGUCAAUAGAGGAGAUGAUCUCUUCUUCGAGCCACCGGAGCCAGCGCCAGGACCAGCACUUCUUUCCUUUGAAGAAUCACAAAGCCUCAACCACCUUCUAGAGCAACUCAAAUCGGGCACUCCUAUGAUUGAUAUGCAAUUCGGGGAAGGCCUCAACUUCAGUGAUGCGUGGCAGCAACUACCGCCUCAAUUCAUGGGUUCUGCGACAUCCUUUGGACAUCAAACCACCAACUUCUCUCCGUCCAUGUUCGACUUCACCUCGAAUAUCUCUUCCGAUCCACUCUUCGAUUCGAUACAAUAUCCGACCAUGGCUGCUCCUCAAAUCAUGCAACCUCCACGGCAGCACAUGAGAACCUCUCACCACCCCCAACACGUUUCGCACUCUCCCGCAGAUGCAGCUGCAGUAUUAGCAGGACUUCAAAAUGGUCCGACCGCACGAGUAAAUAGUGUCGGUCGUGGAGGCAUGCUGCCUUCCCAGGCGGCUGGCCGUCCGACAGCACACCCCUUACUGCAUACUCAGAGCCAACUCACGAGCCAGACGAGUCCCGUUCGCGCGGCAUCCAUCCACUCCCCAGUCACGCCACUGACGGAGCAUCGCGACGAAAACCUUUUCGCAGACAUGGUUUAUGGCCACCCCCAUGGACCUAGCAGUCACAGGGUGGUACAACAAAUACCCGAGGAUGUGCGGUGGGGCUCAGAUAGAAGCUUUGCUGGUAAUCAAUCCUUUGUCCCCUCUUCUGAAAGGGAUACUGCACAAAGUCAGGAAAACGAACGGAUGAAGUAUCUCGAUAUUUUCCAGCCAAUUACAAGUGCCGCUACAACUCAGCCACCUAGUCCUUUGGGAAGUGGUAGUAGCUCACCUGCAGGCGGACGUUGCGGCAAGGUGAAUGGUCAGCCUCUCCUCGAUGGCUUUUCGAAGAAGCGAAGGAAGAAUGACGAGGCCGGUGAGGAUGAUGAGGCUGGGAUGUCUUCAAGCAAACUGGCCGCCAGGAAGCGCAAGUCGAAAGACAACUUGAACGAAACUUGUGAAGCUUCAUCCUCAAGUGUUGCCCCAGGCAAAAAGCGCCGCAAGUCUAAUGUCAAUGGUUCGAAACCACCUAGAGAAAAUCUCAGCGAGGAAGCCAAGAGAAAAAAUCAUAUCAAAUCCGAACAAAGAAGAAGGACUAUCAUCAAGGAUGGUUUCGACAACCUCCAAGAAAUUGUGCCAAACCUCAGGAACGGUGGUUACAGCAAGAGCACCGUGCUGCAAAUGGCUGCUGACUGGCUAGAAGAGCUCACGAAGGGCAAUGAGCUUUUGAAGUAACGACGUAUCCCAGACCGGUAGCUGCCAUGACGUUUCUAUAUUUCUAUGUCUGUAUCUGCAUCUUAAGGAUUGGACGGACUGUCCACAAAAAACGGGUUCAGCAUGAUCGGUUAUUACAAAUAGGAGUUUAUGAGGGGGGCCUUGACGACUGGCUGAAACGAAAUUUUACUUUUAUACAUCGGUGGCCAGUUUCAUCGGACCGAGGGAGCGUUCCUCACAAGAUACCUUGGGAGUUUAUUGUUUAU